AAAUAAACUAAAAUGUCCUCAAAUAGAGCCCUCAAAACCCACUCUGAACUAACAAUCCACAAGAAAAGUGAAGAACUUAUCCAGAAGUACUACACUGCUAUUAUCCAGAAGCACCGCAGAUAUGAGAUCAAUUGGAGAAUCUGCGCCCGCAUGCGCCAAGUCAUGGACCUAGACCUGAUCAAGGAGCUCAAGUUCCCAGGAAUUUGUAGUGAAGAUUUUAAUAAGAGCUUGGAGGUUAUGCUGUUUAGACAUGUUAUGAAGAAUAAGAGGUUUAAAGAGUUUUUUAGGAAUUUUAAUUUUAGAGUCAAGGAAUUUUCGAUUAGCAGUUAUUGGCCAGUAGAAGCGAGUUGGAAGUACCCAUGGAUUUUUAGAGGGAUAACGAAGAUUGUUUCGCAGACUUUGAAGAAGGUGAAGAUUCAGUAUUUUAGAAUACCGUAUAAGCAUUUUGUGGCUGUGAUAUUGUCAGGGCCUCUAAUGGAAUCGCUGACUUUGAGUAAUGGGGAGAUUAGAGAAGGAGCGAUCAGUAAAAGAAUUAAUGGCAAGUCUUCUCUUAAGGAACUCUGGAUGGCAAGUUUGAUGAUUUAUGCAAAUGAUGAAGAUGAUAAGAAGGAUAAAUCUGAUCCAAACAAUAUUAUAAAAAUGAUGAAAGACAUCUGCUUCCUACCUUGCAUUGAAUCUCUGACAUUUGUUCAUAUCCGUGACUGCUGUAUUGCUCCCUCAAAAAUUAAAACUUUGAAAGAAAAGAAAGAGUUUGAGAGAAUCAAGUUUACCGUUUAUAAAACAACAAAGAAAUCCAUAAUUGGAUAA